AUGUUCACAGAUAGAGAAAGAUUAGAGGCACAAAAAAUUAGAGUAAUUAAAGAUUGUUUAAAUGAAACACCAAUUGAUAUAGAGGGGUUAAAGAGAUGUUCAGUCGAAGAGUUUGGUUUUGUAAAUAAAGUUUUAAGGAAAAGAAUAUGGCCUCUUCUUUUGAAUAUAGAUACAAACAACAUUAUAAAUCAUUCAGAGAAAAUUAUAAAUCAUAAAGACACUGAUCAAGUUACAAAAGAUGUUGAAAGAUCAAUGUGGAGAUUUACAAAAGGAAAUUCACAAUUAAGAAAUCGUAAAAAACCAGAACUAACUAGAAUAGUGAAUGCAGUUUUAUCAAUUCACCCACAACUUUAUUAUUUUCAAGGAUAUCACGAGAUAGCAAGCGUUUUAUUAUUAAUAUCUGAUGAAAGUUUGGCAUUUGCAAUGCUUGAAAGAUUAUCGAUUUAUCAUUUUAAUGAUUGUAUGUUACCAAAUUUUGCAGAGGUUUUAAAAGUUUUAAAUUUAAUAUUUCCUUUAAUUUCAAUGGUUGAUCAACAUGUUUAUAAUUUUAUAAUAAAGUCACAAGUUCAACCAAUGUUUGCAAUUAGUUGGAUAUUAACAUGGUUUUCACAUAAUUUGGAUGAAUUGGAUACAGCUGCAAGAGUAUAUGAUUAUCUUUUAUCAGCUCAUCCAAUGGCAUCGAUAUAUCUCUCUGUUUGUGUUAUUACCAGUCAAAGAGAAACUUUAUUAAAUUUGGAAUGUUCUUUUGAUAGUAUUCAUGCAUUUUUCACUUCAAAUUUACCUGAAUUGGAUUUUGAUAAAAUUAUAAAGCAAACAGAUUCUCUUUUAGAAAAAAUUACUCCUUCAAAAUUACAAUCCUCUUCAAAAGUUUAUCUUUUACCAGAGUCUCAAUUAAAUAGGUACCCAUAUGAUUGGAUGAUAUUUAAUAAUAAUAAUACCACUACUAAUAGCAAAUCAAGUAAAUUAAUAACAAAUAACAAAGGAACAAACCAAAAAAGACAACAAAUAUAUAAAUUUAUUUUCUUUAUUCUAUUUGGAUCAAUAUCAUUGUUUGGGACCUUUGUAUUUUUAUCAAUUAAAUCUCCAAAUACAUUUAAACAUAUAAACUCUUUUCUAUCACCACUUUUAUUCAAUUUAUUUAAUAAUCGUUUUAAUCAAAAUAAUAUCACCAAUGGUGAAACAGUUUCCAAUUUUAAUCAAUAA